CGUUUGAAUCCGGUAGCCCGACUGGGUUUUUCGCACGAUGAAAUUCGUAGUCGCUGAGCGCGUCGUGCUAUUGUUAAGCCUUACUUACUUAGUGUGUGAAAUUGCCGCCGAGAGCAGCGACAGCAAAAGUGGCCACCACAAACAUCUCCAUCAUCAGCAUCCGCAGCAUAAAGGAAAAAGGCACGAUGAGGAAAAUCCAACAGAACAGGUUUACUAUGUUGACCAAAUAGCAUCUGAUUCUGAGAUAACUCCCUGGACCUCGAAUAGGAUAUUCGCCAAAACCACCGAAAAUGGUAGACCAUCCCACUACAUUAUCAAUGUCUCUCCGGAUGACGAGGUCAUCAUCCAUGAGACAGGUGCAACGGCUCGUAAAUCCGAUCACGAGCCGGAACGAGAUCAAUCACCGCAGGACUUCGUACAGCAAGCGCUGCGCCUUCGUGAACAGUAUAUCAAGGGAAAUAACGCAAAAUCUUCCGCCAACCUUCCGGCAAGUUCGUUCGUCGAGUAUACAACCGUAAAGUACGAUCACGGACCAAGCAGAACACCCACGUCCGCUGCACCUGCUCAUCAUGGCAAACCUGUUCAGUCCAAAGUCUCCCAUCUUCCGCCGCAGGCAGCGGCAGCUCACCAGAUUGCUCCUGUUACUCACAGGCCGAAGCAUAUAAAAGCGAAGCCGACGAGACUUCCCGGCCACUCCGUUACACCUUACAGUGAAAUCGAGCUGCCUGAGGCGGAAACCACCAGUGCCUAUCGGAAGGAAGGGCCCAAGGAAGCAUCGAAAUCACCGAAACACACCAUUAUCAAACAGCAAGAUACCUCCGCAUCAUCACUCUACAUUCAAAAGGUUAAAGGACCAGUAGAUCCAGUUUUCUCCAGCUACAACACUCACCACGAUACGGGAAGCAGUUUUAAGGAAUACCAGCAACUUCCAGUCAACGAUAACGCCGAGUCUAGUUCUGUGUUGAAUGUUCACAAAGUUAAAGCCCCAACAGAUGUGUUUAACAAACACAAACACGCCGUUCAUUUCGAAGAUGUGGACGAAUACUUCGAAAAGAAACACAAGAAACAUUCACCACAAGGGGAAACUCGUCACAGACCGAAGCAUAUAAAAAUGCACCAUGAUCGACCAAAGGCUGAGCAAAACGAAAAUUAUCCGGAAAAGAUUCGGCAUACUGUUGAACGUCCUCAUCCCUUCGAUCGUCAGCCAACUCCAGAGUCAUUCCACAAGCAUUAUCACCCGAAGUCACAUGAAACGAAGCCCGAAUCAACGUUAGAACCUUAUGGCAGGCACCAACAUCCAAAACCUCAUGAACCGAACAAAGGAUCGUUUAUUUAUGAGUCUCAACCCAGUCCAUCGAUUGAAACGUACCAUUACCAGCCUCCUAAAAGUUAUCCACCCGAAGAAGCUAUCAAAUACAAAGCCCCAAAAUAUACAACUACUACUCCAGAACCCUACCAGCCAUACCAACACAUCAAAACAAUAACCGGUGACAAAUCUAAGCUAACGGAUCCCAUAUUCAAAGAUGAUCCUUUCCGUCAUACUCCGUUACAAAAACCUCAUCAUAUAGAAUACACCAGUGAAAAAUCUAUCGAAUACAAUCCAGAGCAAUUCAAAGAUUCUCGUCACAUACCAUCGAAGUUACACAACGUCGAGAUGUUCAAAACCACCAGCCAAUCAUUUGUUGAUUUCGGUGAUGCUCAUGAUUUCUUCAAAGCCGGCCCAACUCGACCGCCCAAAUAUUACGAAGAACCUUCGAAAGCUCCCAGCUAUGCAAAGGUGACAACGUAUCCAACCCAAGGCUCUUCCAAUUUGCACUCAAUGAGUCCUACCGUUGACCCUUACAAAAUAAAACCAAGCCCACAUCCAGAAAUAUCAAUCAACAGCCAUGGCUUCACGAAACCGUUUUCCGCCAGCUUCCCUAAGUUCAUCCCAACCAAGAUGCCUGAACUCGAUGAACCUUCCAUGAGUUUCAACAGCAUGUUCCCUUCAUCGGACCCGAUAUCCAACUAUGUCCCUUCAUCCACGCAAGAAUCAUUCAGUGCUUCUCCUGAGUAUCCCAAGUUGUUCUCAUUUCCUCCAACCACCUAUACUCCGAAGUACGCAUCAACUGCUGAACCAUUCGAGUUCCAACACAUGAACGAAUCACCCAAGACGUUUAUCAAGUUCAGUGACCCCACACCAACUUCCAAGGUGUACGGAUCCAUCAACCCUUCGGAGGAAACCUUCAAAACACUCAGCACGAAGAUCAUCAUGAAGCCAUCGCCCACUGAAUACUCUUUCCCGUCCUACAAAGAAAUUACGCCCAAGCCAAUGCAAAAUCUUUCAACGAGCAUCAUCUUCAAACCAUCCCCGAGUGAAGAACCAAAAUCGGAAUACUACACCAAUCCAGAGCAUACCACCUAUUACGUGUUUGCUAAUGGAACAGAAAUCAAGCUAGGAAAUGACCCAUCAAAGAUUCCUCCAGAGUUCCGGAUUACAAAUAACGAUGCCUUGUUCUUGAGCACCAACUAUUCCACCAAGCUCGCCGAAGACUUUGCCAUGAAAUACAAUUGGGAUCCAAUUUCUUCAACAAGCACCAAAGAUUCUCCACGGAUAGUCAGCCCAGAUUCCAUUGCAAAAGAUACUAAACAUCGUCCACACCCCGAAUACAUCCUCCGAGAGAAGAAAAAGGGAAAACAUGUUCUACUGGCUAAGCCAAUCAAACCAAUCAAAACGGUUACCAUCUACCGAAAUACCCACCGAUCAGCCGAUGAUACCGAUCUAGAGGGAGGCUUUGAACCAUCGGACCACUUCAACAAGGAACAGUUUACCAAAGAGCAAUUUGGCAAAGAUGGGCUUCCACAGAUUAGCAACAAGAAGGGAGAAGUCGCUGAUGAUGAUGAAGACUUUUUCUUUGCAAACGGAGAAGUUAUUCUGGAGGAUGAUCCUAGUAAGGCGUCCAAGAAAAAUUCGUUCUACAUCCCACCGGAAAUCAAUAACCUUGCUGCCAUGAAGCGUCCUGGUCAAAUCAUGCUUAAAAUGGCACCACCAGCGCAACAUGGCCACGAACAUUUAGGAGAUUUGGACAUGAGUGCAGAACCUUCUAAGAAACACCAAUACUUUAUCCUUUACCAUAUUGAAGAUGACAAGAAGAAACACAAACCAACACCACCGACAACCACUACUGCUGCACCGACUCCGCCACCAGUUAAGCAAGAAAUCCACUACCAUUACAACGAGAAGGAAGACGAAGACGAUGCGGUUCAUGAGCACUACAACUACCACCACGAGGAAACUAUUGAAGAUAUGCCCGAUAACAUCCAACAUCUAUAUGUCAACAAAAACUUCGGAAAGCAAAGUUUCCGUCCUAGUGUAGCUCAUCCACCGUUCAAAUACAAGGACGCUCUUGGUUCUGGAAGUGAAACUUCAGUACGGGUCGUUGAACCGGACCAUAAACCAAGCCAUGCGGUGGAACUGUCUAAACAGGAGUAUAUGCGUCAGGUUCAGAGUGCUGUACUCAAAUACAUGAAAGAACUACAGGAUCAAGGCCGCUUACCAGCUUUCGGUUCCCAAGAUUCUGACGAAACCUCCAAGAAUUUCGAGGAGUUGGACAUUUCUGCUCUCAUCAAUGGCAACAACCUUAAACAAAAGUUCCAAAUCGCGGGUCCUACUAAAGUGAGCCUACCAAUCAAUCCUAGUCAUUACAAACCCAUGAAGUCAGUGCCAAGUUCUUCCACGUACAAGACUGUAGCCAACAUGAAACUGCCUAAAAAUACCUACACAGCCGGAAAACCACUGAAAGCUGCUAUCGAAAGCCUUCAAGAACAGAUGGCUCACAGUGUCGAUUUGACGGUAAAAGGAACGAAAUCCCCUGUGAAACCCGAUCUAUCUGCCAUCGAUGUUGGACAAUCGUACCUGCACGGACCAAGCUAUGAUCCCCCCGCUAAAGCUUCCAACUUUAACAAUCCAACCGUCUUGCAGCUGCAACAGACACCAAAAACUAAAUUACAUUUUAACCAGCAAACGUACCAUGACAUCAACUCGCUUACUAACGUGAAGGAUGCCCAAUCUUUGAAGGGAACCCAUCACUUCGCUCCGGUCAAGGGCGGUACGGCGAACGUGGGUGCCUCGAUUAACUUCGCGGUGUCCAAGGGUGGUGCCCAGGAGGAAGGUUCCAAGCUGGGACCGGAAGCGCUGGAUGCCCCCAUUCAGAUCAUCAACGGUAUCCCGAUCACAAACCCCUAUAACAUCGAUAUCAACACGUUAAGGUACAUGCUUGGCGGUCUAGCCCAGGCCCAAGCCGAAACGCAACCCCAGCUGAAACAACCGGAGCCAACGUUGAAGUUGAAGGGUUCCAACUGGAUGUCCCUGCCAACGCUGGCCAGCCCUUCGCAGGUAUUCUCUCCGAAUCUGCAAUCGUUCCAGCAUGGGCCUUCCGAGGCUAGCAACUACAAGUACAACGUCAACUUCGACAGCAACAAUUUCAAAAUUAAAAUUCCCAAAGGUCUGAAAGACGUGAAACCGAAACCGGUGAAUGUGGAUUCAAUCGGUAGUGCUUCGAUGAACUACGCAGCCUGGGGUGAACCUCUAAGGCAGAACAGACAGGUCAGUUCCCAGCACCCACAUCCACAUCACCACCAUCCUCAGCAGUCUCCACAGCCGCAGCAGCAGCAACAACAGCAGCAGCUCCGACCAACACGUGAGUUCAACCCUGAAUUAUUCCUCAACCCUCACUAUCCGAACUCGAUAAUGAAGAAAAAGAACGGUCCCUUGGACCGAAAAGCUCCCGUCAAUAGCAAACCUGUGGCCGUUACCAAAGCUAAGAGUAAUCUAGACACAAGUCUCCGGCCUCCACCCAGAUGAAGGCCCCAGUGUAUCAGGGCUUCCCAGUGCCUCUAAUACGCUUGAACUCUCACAGCUUUGUUCGUAUGAAAGGGUUUGUGUGGCAGUAAGUGAUCUUUUGUAGAUAGGAACUUUAGAAAUAUUCGUUAGUAUUUAAUUGUCUCUACCGUGUAAUGUAAGCGUUUAUCGACGAUUCUAUCGCAUAUUAGAAAAUUAUUUAUUUUAAAUUGAAUUUUUAAUUUAUUGGAAUCUUUAACAAAAAAAAAAACUCGAAGACUGCUAUCGAAGAAAAAUUUGCUGUAGAAACAGAUGAUGCCUGCUUUCGGCGUAUCACUCACACACACAUACAUGUAUGAUUCUACGAAAUAAAAAAAACU